AUGGUCAAAGAAUCUAACAAUGACCCCUCACAUGAUGAGAACGUUUUGUGGGAUGACACUGGCUCAGCAGGAGAUGCCUUCGUGCUUUCCAACUUCAAGAAAGAAGUCCAUGUGGAAAAUGAACAAUCCGAAGAAAUAAAUCUGGAUGCUGCAGAAGUCACCGGCUUUUUGAUCACAGAAGAAAGAUCCAAGUCAGGCACUUUGAUGGCCUUUAUGAAUAUGGCCAAUAGUAUACUUGGUGCAGGCGUUAUCGGACAGCCUCUUGCUGUGAAAAACUGCGGUAUUAUCGGAGGGGCGUUAGCGAUAGUACUUCUCUCAGCUCUAGUCGAUUGGACAAUUCGUCUCAUUGUAAUUAACCUCAAGAUUUCAGGAACCUCUAGUUACCAGGAUAGUGUGGAAUAUGCCAUGGGCAGGAAAGGCAAAGUGUUGAUCUUGCUCACAAACGGGCUGUUUGCCUUUGGAGGUUGCAUAGGUUUCUGCAUCAUAAUGGGUGAUACAAUUCCCCACGUAAUGCGAGCUUUUUUUCCAUCGCAUCAGGGCCUAUUUCACAGAAACAUCAUCAUUUUCAUCGUUACCACGUUUAUAUCUUUUCCGUUAUCACUGAAUCGAGAUAUUUCGAAGCUGUCCAAAACUUCAAUGCUGGCAUUGUUGAGUAUGGUUAUAAUAGUGUUGAUUGUGGUGAUAAAGGGAUUGUCCAUCGAUCCUUCUUACAGAGGAACCAUAAACGCUAGCCAAUGGCUGAUUACACCAAGAUUAUUUCAAGGUAUUUCUGUGAUUUCUUUUGCACUUGUUUGCCAUCACAACACAAGUUUCAUUUUCUAUUCUUUGAAGAACCCAAGUAUGAAAAGAUUUGAUAGACUGACUCACAUGAGCUGCAUUGUGGCUAUGAUUUUUUGUCUCAUCAUGGGCUAUUCAGGGUUUUUGAUGUUCAAAGACAAAACGAAGGGCAAUGUCCUCAACAAUUUCCCGGGAAACGAUCUUGCGGUCAACGUGGCUAGAUUUUGUUUCGGUUUCAAUAUGCUGACUACCUUUCCUCUAGAAGUCUUCGUUCUGCGAGACGUUGUGCGAGACCUGGUUUUUUUUAAUGCAGAAAGAUCAGAAGGACGUCCGCUUGAGUUAAGCUUGAAGCUGCACAUUAUCAUUACCACAUUUGUGGUGUUUACAACUAUGGCGAUUUCGUUAACAACUUGCAAUCUGGGCGCUCUUUUCGAACUAAUUGGGGCAACCACCGCUUCUUUGAUGGCAUAUAUAUUACCUCCUUGGGUUAAUUUGAUACUAUCAGGUAGUCGGAAAUCUGGACGUGACAAAGCCCCUCAUUACCUGUGCAUUGCGCUUGGGUUCGCUAUCAUGUUUAUCAGCGGAACCCAAACGAUCAUGGCAUCGAUCAAAGGUGGUGAUCAAAAGCAUUGUGAAGUAUGA